AUGUGCGUCAAGCCGGUCGAGCAGCGAUGCAAGGUUCGGAUGGUGAUGACCAUCUCGCCCGACGUGCAGAUACCGAUCGGCGUCUACUCGAAGACGGUACGGGCGGGCCCGCCAUCAAUGAAGAAGUGUUCCAAGGGUCCCGCCGGCGCAGCGGCGGACCCCGCGGGCGCGCCCAGCGCCGGCAGCAAGGACGACGGCGUGAUCGUCGAUCGCACGUAUCGCCUCGUGGACGACCCAGAGGGCGAGGAGGUCAAGAAGGAAGACAUGAUCAAAGGCCACAAAUACGGGCAGAGCAUCGUCCCCAUGUCUGAGUACGACGAGGCCGCGCUCAUGUACACGUGCGAACGGACGCUCACUGCGCUGGGGUUUGCGAGAGCGGACGCCAUCGGACCGGAGCACAGCAUGCAGCAGGUAGACGUCGUGGCCGCCGACCUGGGGAACCGCUGGGCGCACUGCGCGUUCGAGUCCCUCGUCGACGCGAUGGUCGCCAGGGACGUGGCGUUGGUCGCGCGCUACAGCUUCCGCAAGAACGCGCAGCCCCGGCUGGUCGCACUCUUCCCCAGCAGAGGCCCCAGAGGCAGUUCGUCCAGCCUGGUCAUGCAGUACCUGCCCUUCGAGGAGGACAUCCGCGAGUGGGUCGUCGCUUCGCUGCCGGCCACCUCCGCCGUGCAGCGGGACGCUGUCUCCGUGCUGCUGGACUCCAUGAGCCUCGAGGAGCCCGCCUCCGGCAGGCUGGACGCCGACGAGGCGCUGCGGCCGGAGGACACGCACAACCCGUGCCUGUCGCGCUUCUACUCCUUCCUUACCCGGCGGGCCAUGGACGCGGCGGCCAAGGUGCCCGGCCCCGGGCCCGAGAUGCUGAGCAUGCUGGAGCCCCCCGCGCACAUCGCGGAGCGCGCGGUGAGCUCCGGAGCCGCCGAGCUGCUGAAGGGGGCCUUCGCCUUCGAGAGAGUGGAGAAAAAGGUCGGCAAGAAGAGGACGUUCUGGCGAGAGGCCGUCGCACAGAAGAGGAGUGAGGCCGACAUCGGCGAGGUCGACGUCAAGCGAAUCAGAGUCGAUGGCGUAGCCAAAAAGGACGAGGAUGGCGAGGACGAGGGCGCCAUGAAGAAGGAGGAAUCCCCAGACUUGUUCGCUGCUCCUGAGAUGGCAGCGCCUGUCGACUCGGCGCCUCCCGCACCUCUGCUCCGCGUCGGCACGGUGAACCCCGUGCGCGACUUCGAGCAGUGGCUGGCAUGCCGGCCUGGCUGCGUGGACACCGCGGGCGCGGCCAUCCAGCAGAUGUGCGGCGUCGUAGACCGCCUGGUGGAGGAGAGGGGCCAGAGUGCCACGGCAAGGCGCUCAGCUGCCUGCAGGCGCUCCGGAGGGGCUGCGCCGAGGUGGGCGAGGCGCAGGCGUACAACGCCUUCGCCCGCAGGCUGCGCUGCGAGGGCUGCGAGGGCUUCUGGGAGACCGCGCGGGGAGCCAAGCUGGGGCUCAUCACCGACGCAGAGGUGCCCACCAGCACGGUCUCCACGGAGGAGGCCCGAGCCUUCCUCGCCGGGGAGGACCUCGCCGCCCCGGCGGCCCCCGCGCCUCCCGGCAGCGCGAUGGCCGCCCGGCCGGCCGCGCCGCCGCUGA